GCAUGUUAUAAAAUUGACACAUUAACAAGUAAACAAUUUGACACAUUAACAAGUCAACAAAUUGACACAUUAAGAAGUUAACAAAUUGGCACGUCAACAUUUCGACAAAUUUAUGCUACGAAAAUUGCGCAACUGCUUCGGCAGACGAAGAAAAAGCUCCCUUUUAAUUACGCCUGCAUGUGCAGUAUAUACAUAAAAAUUUUGUAUUCUUUUUUUUGCCAAGUCGUUUUUGUUUUAUUUGUUGCCCCCAAUGAAAAUAACCAAAGUGUACAUUUUUAUCCUUAUUUUACUCUUUCAUAUUUUAUUUGAACCCCAUUUGUGCAAUGAUGUCGUAAAGAUAAGUGAUUCGCAUUUGAUGAAGUCCCCCAUUGAAGAAUUAAAUAAAAAGAAGAAAAAGAAGGUGAUAUAUGCCGUUAUAGGCACACUGUUGGGCAUACUUGCCGUAGCCGCAGGUGGAUUUGGAAUGACUUAUAAAAGGGAGAAGCCUUCCAUAUGGAAAGAUUUAGGCCCGGACGCGCAUGGCAUUUUAAACAGCACAAUUGCACAGGGAAUAUGGAUGGCAAAGAAGAACAUGACUAGGGAUACCACGCCCGUAGAUAAGUUAUUACCGCAGGUGGAUGAAAUAAAAAAUAUAAUAAAAGAGGAAUUGGGAAAUAGAAAGUUGGAUAUUGAUAAAUAUGAUGCAUUACAAAUAGAAGAUUUUUGCAAUUUUUCGCUUUUUAAUAUUAGAGAGUCUAUGAUAUCAUUUCAAAGAAACUUAAGAUUAGGAAAAUUCUAGACCAACCAGUAACAU